UCCAUCCUCCGCCGCGCGGCACUACGGUCAACAACAACACUUCUUCCCCGAGAGCAGGCUGCGAAUCCGGGCUUCGAACUCCGGCGGCUCCUUGCUCUCUAACCACCCCGCCAUGGACGCACUCAAGUCGGCCGGGAGAGCUAUCAUCCGGAGCCCGAGCAUGGCGAAGCAGUCGUGGACUGCCGGCAGACACAGAAAGCUUCCGGAGAACUGGACCGACACACGUGAGACGAUCUUGGAGGGCAUGACCUUUAACCUGCGUCACCUCGGCAUGACACUGGUGGACCAGCCCAAGGGAGAGGAGCUGUCAGCGGCUGCGGUGAAGAGGAUCAUGGCCACGGCCAAAGCCAGCGGAAAGAAGCCUCAGAAAGUGGCCCUCAAGGUUUCUCCUCAGGGAAUCGUCCUGCACGACAGCUCCACCAACAAACUCAUGGAAAACGUCUCCAUUUACAGGAUAUCCUACUGCACGGUGGACAAACUGCACGAUAAAGUCUUUGCCUACAUCGCCCAGAACACCCUGAACGGGACCCUGGAGUGCCACGCUUACCUCUGCUCCAAGAGGAAAGUGGCUCAGGCGGUGGCUCUGACAGUCGCUCAGGCCUUCACAGUAGCCUUUGAGCUCUGGCAGGUGGCCAAAGAAGAGAAAGAAAAGAGAGUGAAGUGUGGUUCUGCUGGAGAGGGCAGCAGCAGCAGCAGCAGCUCACAUUCAGAGAGAUCCAACAGCUUGGGGAGCCUGAAAGGCACAGAUGUUGCCACAGACAACCUGCUGGACUUCGAGGACAGCGUGACUGUCGUGGUGGAGAGCAGCAGGAACGUGGAAGAGGAUCAGCUGGACAACCACAGACCCUCCGAGACCAAUAACAACACUGCAUGGGAAAUAGAAGACGGUUUGGAUGAAGCUUUCUCCAGCUGUGCUCUGGAUAGCUAUGGUUCAUUUCCAGACUGGCAGUGUCGCGUACUCACCCCCAGGUCCUGGACUCUGGGCUGAUGCCGCCGGACUGGCUGGCCGAGCCCGACUGGGACCGCACCAACGGAAACACUGUUUUCAGCCAGUGUGAGGACAGCAUCCUGGGCUUCUGACCCCCACCCUCCGCCCCCGCCCCGCAGCUCAGAGGUCGUCUUCCAGCGAAUCGGCGAGAUGUCUGCAUGUGUGUUCAAAUCGCAGAGGAGGAGGAGGAGGAGGAGGAGGAGAGUCUGGCCUCUUCGCUCUGCUGUCGCACCAAAGCAAUAACGCCACGUCCAGUGUUACGACGUCUUCUCCUGUUCCAAACAUCUCGUCUGGCUCAUGUUCUCCACACCCUCCAGGUGUUCAUGUCUGCUUUGCCAAUGUAAUUAGCAUUUUCUUGCGUUUAGUUGUAAUUUAUAGUUAUUUUUGUAGCUCAUGUUCACUGGCCUUAAUAACAGCAGGACAAUCAGCUGGACUGUAUUUAAAUCAUGGAGAAAGAGAGGAAACUGUAAUUGGAUUCAGUGUUUUGCCAAUAAUCUGAAAAUCUGUGUACUUUUUUUGUAUUAUAUGAAAUCUUUUUUGUGACAUUUUGGCCCAGAUGUUACUUUUUUCACUGCAGUGAUCGAAACCUAAAAUGUGCUCAUUUUUAAUUGUGACCAUUUCUUUGUACUUUAUAAUCUACCAGCGUUGUACAGAAUUAAAGUAUAUUCAAUA